AUGGCUUCUUACCAUAAACUUAUCAUCUCUGUAUUUGUGUUUUCUCUAUUCCUUUUUAAUAUUAUCUCCGCAGAAAAUGUUUUCAAUCGUAAGGCAUUGGUGGGUGACUGGAAGUAUCUCGCCUUUAAUAGUCCAAAAGCAAUUGAAAUGACCAAGUUCGCGAUAUCUGAGCACAACAAACAAGCUGGGACGAAACUAGAGUCCGGUAGCGUUAUUAACGCUACGUAUCAAGUGGUGAACGGUAUCAAAUACCGCCUCCACUUUGCUGCCUUGGACGGAAAAGUAGACGGACAAUACAAUGCAGUUGUUUGGGACAAACUAUCUCCUAAAUCAGAAAUACUUCUCUCAUUUACGAAGGAAAAUAUUUAA